UCUUAGUUCACUUUGUUGUUAUGGCUGUAUUUCGCGCGGCGAAUUGGUGGCAAGUGCGUCCGUCGACAAGUUUUUGAGGUUGAAAGUUGGAAUAAACGGAAUAAACAAAGUAAUAAUUAAUAAACAGAAAGUAGAAGCUUGUAUUCGUAAAUUAAUCGGCGGUCAUUAUGACGCAGGAAACACCAGCAGUUGCUAAUCUUCCAUGGGUUGAAAAGUACCGUCCAACAAAAUUAGAAGAACUUAUAUCACAUGAGGAGAUAAUAAAAACAAUCAACAAAUUUAUCAAAGAGGACCAAUUACCUCAUCUUUUGUUUUAUGGACCACCGGGAACAGGAAAAACUAGUACCAUACUGGCAUCAGCUAAACAGCUCUAUACUCCAGCUCAAUUUAGCUCAAUGGUAUUGGAAUUGAACGCUUCCGACGACAGAGGAAUCGGUAUAGUUAGAGGACAAAUUCUAAACUUUGCCAGCACUCGAACAAUUUUCAAACACGGAUUUAAAUUAAUUAUUCUUGAUGAAGCUGAUGCCAUGACAAAUGAUGCUCAAAAUGCUCUUCGAAGAAUCAUUGAAAAGUAUACAGAGAAUGUCAGAUUUUGCGUGAUCUGUAACUAUCUAAGCAAGAUUAUUCCAGCAGUGCAAUCGCGUUGCACUAAAUUUAGAUUUGGUCCUCUGGCACCUGAACAAAUAAUGCCUCGUCUUGAGUACGUGAUUGACAAGGAAAACCUAACAGUCGAAGAAGAUGGAAAAAAGGCGUUGAUGACGUUGAGUGGCGGCGAUAUGAGGAAAGUCUUGAACGUGCUCCAAAGUACAUGGCUUGCUUAUGGAUCGGUAACUGAGGAAACGGUUUACUCUUGCGUCGGACAUCCUCUUCCUAAGGACAUUACGAGCAUUGCCAAUUGGCUACUGAAUGAAAACUAUGUACUCGCCUAUUGCAAAAUACAGGACUUGAAAAUGAAGAAAGGAUUAGCUUUGCAGGAUAUUUUAACAGAGCUUCAUUCCUUUGUGAAUAAAAUCGAGUUUCCCGAUGAUAUACUCAUCAAUUUGGUGGUGAAAAUGGCUGAUAUAGAGCGAAGAGUUGCGACUGGAUGCACAGAGGCUGUGCAAUUGAAUGCUCUUGUUGCAGCAUUCCAAUGUGCUCGAGAAAUCGAAUGUUAAUUUAGGUGCUAUCGAAUGAAGGUGCAUUCGUUAUUUCAAAUAUUGUGUCAUAAGCUCGUUAAGAAUUAGGAAAUAUAUAUGAAUUUUGAUAC